AGUAGGUGUCAAAAACAUUCCGUAGCUGAGCUCAAUAAUAAAAUUGUGAAAUAUAAAUACAGUGGAAAUAGAAACGUAGACUAAACGUAGCGAGAACAAAUGGCUCCUUUAAGAAAGUCAGCUGACGCAAAUAAAAAGUUCGAAGGAGGAAAUAGGAAGUCGUUUACGAACAAACCAAGCACAAAGAAGAGAAAUUGACAAUUUAAGACAUAAGACAAUGGCAGGUAUUAAAGCGCUGGUUGGCUUGUCCUUCAGUGGAGCUAUUGGCUUGACUUUCCUGCUGUUGGGCUGUGCACUGGAGCAGUAUGGGGUGUACUGGCCUCUCUUCGUCCUCAUCUUCUACAUAAUGUCUCCUAUCCCCACCUUCAUAUCCAGAAGGCUCAGUGAUGACAGUGACGCCGCCAGCAACGCAUGCAGAGAGCUGGCAUGCUUCUUCACUACGGGCAUUGUGGUGUCUGCAUUCGGGCUUCCUAUCAUACUGGCCCGGGUUGCAUUAAUCCAGUGGGGGGCGUGUGGCCUGGUGAUGGCCGGCAACGCUGUCAUCUUCCUGACCAUCCUGGGCUUCUUCCUGGUGUUCGGCGGGGGAGACGACUUCAGCUGGGAGCAGUGGUAGACCGUCUGUGGAUCUCUGGCACAAUCCCAAAUGGACCCCUAGACCCUACGCCCUAUGGACUUGUGGAGAUCUGAGAUUUGACAGGUGCAAACAAUAUGGUAGUAGCUUCACCUUGCCCUCUGAUAGACUAGGUGGAAGUUUCACCAUAUUGUUUAAACCAAUCAAAUCUACUCUGAUCUCUAAAAGUGCAUAGGGUGUAGGGUCUAGGGAUCGAUUGGGAGACAGAGUGAGUCAGUCAUUCCUGUUAACAGCAAGGUUACAGUGGUGGACGACAGAUAUGAUAAACCAAAAAGCUACUACGGCCUAACGUCGCUACUAACUGACGUUUUAAGAAGCUGAUGCUGACUAUUUAAUGUCCUAUUUAAUGUCCUAUGUUCAAGGGAUUGGUUAGUGAGGAGAGGGUGGCACUGAACAGUGUGUCUGGGAUGUUAAUGGACAAUGACACUACGAUGUCUGUCCUUUUUUUUUUCUUUCACUGACACCUGAUCAGUUUUCUUUUUUUUGUGUUUAUAGUAUUCGCUCCAUUAUUCCCUUCAACCUUUUAUGCCUUUUCUGUCCCCUAUGCUGAGGGAGAGUCAUUGAAAACCAGUGUCCUGUCCAGGCAACCCCCCCCCCCGCCCCUCAGUGAGAAGACUGGAUAGGUGUUAAGCAUAUGGUGAAAUAUCAUCAAGGGGAAGUGUUCUUUUAACAUCUACACAAGUGUUUAGGGCUAGAGUGGUUGUUUCAGGACAAGGCCCACCUCUCUACAUUCAUAUCUAUAGCGCCAGAGGCUAGUUUAAGGAUCGUAAUACCUUGUACAUGAGUUAUGAGGGAUACUAUUGAAUGAUUUGUCGUAAUCACCACACUACACCGUCUGUUUCUACUUCAUUUAAGGAGUAUUCUGUUUGUGAAAAUAUCUUUAUUUUAAGCGUAAGCAUUUCAAAUCAUCUACUCAUUCUUGCAGUUGAUUACGUGUGUACCUUUUUUGUUUGUAUCUAUUUCAUAUGAUCACUUUGGGUAUGACUACAUAACCAGGUCAAGGUUUCUGUAGUUUGUCGUUUUAAACAUGUUGCUCCAAGACAACAAAAAACACUUUUUAUUUUAGGCCCUUCUGCAAAUGUUUCCACCAAUACCAAAGGCCAUUUAAGAAAUGAAGGUAGACAUGAUUCAUUCCCUCCACUAAGGUUUCUGAUGUGUCUAUGAUUAAACACACAGUUCAUAUUAAUUAUGAAAACAUCAUUGUUAUGCCAUAAGCUGGUUGUCUUCACUGAGGACAGAAGCUAACAUAAGGGUUUGUGAAUCAUUGUCUACAUUUGUAAAGGAAUGUUGAUUUCACACAUGGAAUGUAAACACUAUAUAUUUUACGUUUUUUAGACCAGAUCUGUUUGUGUUCAAAUGAAGUGCCCAUGUUUCUAUUCACCAACAAACUCAUUGACAAGUGCCUGUUAAAUAUCUAUUUUUUACUUACUCAAAAAACGUUUUUAUAUAACUUAUAAAAGUCACUUUUUACAUUCUGUACUGGUAAAGCCCGAGAACCUAUAGUACAUUAUAGAAUGAUGUAUUGCAAUUAGUGACCAAAUGUAACCAGACUACUUUAUACUUCGUGAUUGCAUGUUGCUAUAGCUAAGUAUGCAGUAGGCCUACUUACAAUCAAUGUCUUAUUUUCACUGAAGGGUCUAUUGAAAGGUGUUUCAGGGAGAGUGGCCAUAUGCAACAACUAAAAUACAAGUUUCCAAAUCACUGAUACACUUGUGCGUGUGUAAUAGGACAAAUAUAAGCACCCACCAAAGAAAAACAUAUUGAACAUUGCUACAUGAUCUUAUCUCAUGAAUAUAAUCAUUGUUUUAUGAGCUAUCGUUCAUUACUUUGUGUUGCACAUGUACUAUAGGCAUCAACUCGUAACAUCACUUUCAAAACACAAGAGGGCGCCAGAGAUCUGUAUUUCAACUCCUGACAUAAUAAACCUAUACAUAGUCUGUUUUCUAACAAUUAAAACACUAUUGAAAUAAAA